GUUGCGCUUCAUGCCCGAUGGCAGGAUACGGAGCAGUUCGUUUGGGAUGCCGUCAGGGCCUGUCGCCUUGUUUCUGGAGAGGUGAGAAAUGCACUGCUCAAAAUUUGCCGUGUCUGCCAUGCUGGGGAGCAUGGAAUGGCGCGUGGCCAGGGUAUGUUGCAGCGCUGUGGCAGCGGCCUCUCGCUGGGCUUUGGCGCGGUCCGCCACUAGCUGGCGGUGCUCGGCCUGGCAGGCCUUUAUUUCGUUCCGCAGCUUUGCCGCCGCAUUGGCGGCGUCUACCUCAGGUCGGCUGUUGCUUCCACAAGGGCUUCCUCAAGGCGGAUAGCUGCGGCGGCCAGUUGCUUUUGUGUGACAGGCAGUGCGACCUCGGCCCAUCGUUGUUGGGUCUGCUGCUGGGGGACUGGGUUCCGGGCGCCGGCCUGUGGUGCCGGCCAUAGCUGUAGGUCCGCGGCUAGUAACUCUGCGUGGACUGGUUUGUGGUCAAAGUUGCCUGCAACUGUACUGGUGUAUUCACGCGCUUCUGUGCAUGCAGCGCGCGUGGCAGGGCAUAGGAGGAUGUCAUCGAUGCGACUGUGGUAUGGGGCCAUGCCCGGGCGUGUUUGUUCAUAUGACCAUUCGGCAGUGGUAGUGGUGUCUCCGCGGAUAGGGCGCAGGCCACUAUCGGCAAGGAACCGCUGGUGGGCCCGGUCCGCCGUGUCGAUGGGGCUGUCACGCUCAUGUGCUCGGGCGACGGCAUUAAAGUCUCCCGCGGUGACUAGGUGGUGUUCGCACGCGUCCGCCCGGCCCACCACCUGCUGACAGUAUGUGUAGAUUGCCUUGCGGGUUUGCAUGUCUUCUGGUGCGUAGAUGCCCAGUACAGUGAGAGGCGUGCUCCCGGGGGUCUUAAUUUGAACGUGUGACACAUAGCCAUGGAGUGUUGGUGGGGGCGUGUGGUGUGUGACACAGCCGAGGUCACUGUACCGGGCGGAGAUGGCCACCGCUACGCCAGCGCUACCGCGCGCUGUGGCCGCGCGGGGAGUAGUGCUACAGUAGAGGCGGUAUCCUUCAUUUCGGAAGGCUCGCUUGAUUGAGUCAGUCUUCCCUGUCAGUUUUGUCUCGGUUAGGACAACUAUGUCGGCUUUCCAUUGGGCUAGGUUGCAGAGGGUGAAGCUGAGGUUGCCGGGUUGGCCGGUGGACAGAAUUUCUGAGAGCAGUCCCCGUACAUUGUGGGUCACGAUGUGUAGGGUGGUGUUGCUGCUGGGGGGUCUCGUGUUUGUGUGUGCCUGGUUGGGUUCCAUGUGAGCGUGGUUGCGUGCAGUGGGCCGUACAAGCCAGUUAAGGAUAGUUUGUCGGGUGCCUGUCGUGUUGAGUCGGGGUGCUAUGCCGGCAUUUGCAUUGUGUGGCUGCGCGGGUGCGGUAGUGUGGGGUGCUGCAUGCUGUGGCGCCCUGUGUGCUGCCCGCAGCGGUGAGUUGUCUUGGGCAUGUUGAGCUGGCUCUGGUGCCGGCCUUCCUGUGGCGGCGGGCCCUGUCUGCACGGGUCUGGUGGCCUCCAUGUGGGGUGGCGGGCGUGGUGGCGGGACGAUCUCACGGAGUUGCCCAAGUGCGUCCUGAAGUGUUGCCGUGUCAGAUGCACGCACCGCGUCAAGGCACCAGACCUCCCCAUCAAGUGUGUUCCAAGUGUUGUCGUGUAAGACCGUGUUGUGGAUAGGGCUGUUCACCGAAUCUAUUACUCUCCAUUGUCCUGCUUCGUAACGCACAGCAAUUGUGUGUCGCACAGUGUACUGGUGGACGGUAAAGCCGCGAGUUCGGGCGGCUACCGGAAGGCUCUCUAGGACCUUUUCUUUGCUGAUGUCGCCGUUGAGUCGCGGAAAGUGGGUUCGGCGCAUAAUCAACUUCCUGUUGGGGUAGGCGAAUAUGUUGCUGAUGGUGGCAUUGUGGUACAGGUAGUGGUUCAGGAGAAAUUCGCUGAAGGCGCCACUGUUGGGGCAGUAGCAUUCUUUCCAGAACAGGGCAUUCGGGUCUUGCGUGGCUGUGAGGUGAGCGUGCACUCGUUUAGCGUAAGAGAGGACAUCCAGGGGGUCGAGCCAUGCGAGCCCCAAAGAGUUGUUGAGGGCGUGGACACUGCAGAAGUGUUGCCGCUGUGUUUCAUGGUAUGUGGUGUUGGAGUUUGGCGGCCAGUGCAGUGCGGCUGGUGGUCGGAUGUUCACUGCCGCAUGCGUGCGAGGGUCGGCGGGCGCCGGCGGGGCUGUCGGGUCUGUGGGCAGCGCACCUCGCAGUGUUGGCUUGAUGUAGGGCAUUGUGUGUGUCCGGUUUACUGCAUAUGUAAGCGUGAGGAGAGUGGUUGCCUGGCUAGCAGUAAGUAGGCCGGUGACCAAUGCUGGCCCCCAGAGUGCCGGCUGUGCCGGUUGCACACUGCAAGGGUCCGGCAGUGUGAGGUACAGGUUUCGCAGGAUGAUGGCCAUGGCCGUUCCCCAGAGUAGUAGCUUCCGCCGGGCCCAGGUUGCAGAGGCUAUCUGCCUUGUCACUUGGACCACAUAGUUGAGGAGAGCUGGGAGACAGAGGACGGGUAGGAUGGAUGUCACUGUCAGUGCGAACAGGAGACCGAGGGCUGCGGGGAUGGCGGUUAUCCCGAAGGCAAGCGCUAUUACACACAGUGGGGAGAGAGCAAGAGUGGUGAGUGUGGGACCCCAUAGUAGCAGGCUGAGGAUUGCACCGUUUGCAUAGAUUUCCGUGUUGAUGGAGGUAGUGUGGGUUUCGGUGUGCAGGAGGUGGGUCCAGAGCAUAUACAUGGCCCCUGUCGCGGUGAUGAUGGCGAGGCUGACAAUGGCUUUGUCAAGUAUGGUGUGUAGUGCUUUGCCAGUCUGGGCGACUGUCUGGUAGGUGGCGAGUCUAGACAGGGUUGCAAGGUGUGUGCCCACUCUGAUGGCGAUAGCAUGGCUGUGCAUGGCUGCCCGUACAUGCCCUGCUCCAACCCAGUGGAGGUAGACGGCAAGUGCAAGGUGCAGGCGAAGAAGCGGCGAGUUUUCCCAGGAGGCACUACAGUUGUGGGUUGGUUGGGGCCCGUAAGCUGUUUCUGCCAUGGAGUGCAGUGCCGAAGCACCGGAGCGCAGCAUGGUUCCUCCAUGCCGACUGCCCAGGUCGCCCAGCGCAAGCACACUCGUUAACAGGCUCUCUCCA